AUGCCCUGGUUCUGGUCUCACACUGAAUCCCUGCCAGAUGGAGACAUUGUCAACUUUUAUGAGAUUGAUUCUACCGGGCCAUCAGUCAGCCCACAAUUCGAACAGCACAACAAGAGCAAAGCAAACAUAGCAGUGUUGCUACCCCAGAAACCCAGUGAGGAGCCGGAAGAGAUAAAUGAACUCAUCACACCCACAGAAGAAAAAGUUGAAGUCAUCAAAGUUUACCUUGAAGCUCGUCCAGAGAGAGUGGACUACCCCCAGGAGAGUCUCAGGAUGCUGACAGAUGAGGCGUCACAGAUCCAGGAGGUGAGGUACUGUCUGAAGACUCUGAGGGAGCAAAUGGCAGCCAGGCAGAGCAUCAACAACAACAAGUAUCCAGCCAAUGGCUACAGAGUCAACGUGCCGCCCCACAGCCAGCUGACUGUCUCCAGUAGCAACGUUGGUGAUAACCGGGACGAGAUGCUGAAACUGAGGGAGGCGAAUAAGUGUCUGUACGCACAGCUGAAGGAGCUGAAGAAGAAGCAUCAGGAGGAGACGGACAGACUGCAGGCGGAGAUCAGCGGUUACCGCUUUCGCCUGGCUGAGCAGUCUGAGAGGCUGCAGACGUUAGAGGAGCAGUCGGGGGAGAAAGGUCAGCAGGUGGAGGAGCUGCAGAGGCUGCUGGGAAACAUGGAAAUCGAGAACAGCGUCCUCAAAGAGAAGACAGCGGCGAGUGAAGCAGAGCUGCUGCAGCUCAGAGAGGAGGAAGGGGAGGAGGAGGAGCUGGAGAAGAGAUGUGCAGAGCUGGAGAAGGAGGCCAUCCUGAAGGAGAAGAUCCAUCACCUUGACGACAUGUUAAAGUCACAGCAGAGGAAGGUCCGCAACAUGAUCGAGCAGCUGCAGAACUCUCGGACCAUUAUGGAAGAGAGAGAUCGGGUCAUCUGUGAUCUGGAGGAGAAAGUGGCCUUCCUGGAAGCUGAGAACCGAGAAAUGCAUGACCACAUGGAUUAUUUCCUGGCAGGGCGGGAUCCUCCACCACUCACAUUCUCUGAGAACAAACCUCAGGUCAUUUACAGCAAACCGCUCAACACACUGACACAGAACAAGUCUCUUCCUUUAAUCAAAGUCAUUGAAAUCAAGUCCUGAAUGCAGAAGCAACAAUAACAAUGUAAAACAUGAUAUAUAUAUAUAUGAACUGUCUAGAAUAUAAACGUAGGUUAUGAGAUUUUUGUCAGAAAUGGCUGGUUCAGGAGAUCUUGUAUCAAUGAAGCAUGGUGGUAUUAUCUUAGUACCUCACUGCUGCUUUUGAUGCCCCCCCCGCUCCUCCCAGCAUUUUUUUUUUCCUGUCAAACUGAAUCCCAAAAAAGAAAUUAAAAGAAUGUUCAAACUGCAGGUUGAAUCCCACCCAAAAAAAAAAGAUUUUCACUGGUCUACUUUGAGUGAUGCACCGAGACAAAUUUAUGCAGCACUGCACUUUGUCAGCAGAGUUCGGAGAAGUUUUCCAUAUUGCAAAGUUUUCUGCCUCCAUUUGUUUCCCAAGAGCCUGAAAUAAUCCGUUUCAACAGGUCAGGUUUAUAAAUGGGUCAGAUUAAAAACAAACAAAAAAAUUUGAUAUUUUCUUCCAGGUAUUUAUGUCAAACGGUUGCACAAAUGUGGCUCAGUGGUAAGCAUACGACACACUUAAAUUUUUUAAAUUAUUCUUUAUUAUUAUUAUUUCUGUUUUAACUGGGGUUCUCAAAAUAAUGUAGAGUUCCUGUCCUUAUUUGUGUCUGUUCUGAAAAUAUUCCCCUUUUGUGCCAUAUUUCCUUUCCAAAUAAAAAUACUGUGUGUGUGGGAUUAUAAAAAUUUGCAUUUAUCUUUGAAACAACCACGUUUUGUGUGACUGGUUGACAUAAUAACUAUAUUAAAGCUACAGUGUGUAUAAUUUAGUGUCAUCUAGUCAAUUUUUUUGUAAAUUACAUUAUGCCACUGGCAGUGACGAUUUUGUUUCUUUGGUGACAGAGAUUCAUGCUCUCUUACCAUCUCUUGUGAUAAAGUUUGUCUGAUCCUCCAUGUCACAAAAAUGAGUGUUCUAAAACUUGUUAGCCUGAAUUAGCAACUGGUAGAUUGUGUAUAGGGGAGCAAACCUUGAUUCCUUUUCUUUCUUCUCCAGUUUUCCACCCACACUGCACAAUGUAAAAGGUGGAGCAGGUACUGUAUGUGCCUUUUGGGCUACUGUAUCAACAUGGCGGCCUCCAUGAAGGUGGAGGUGCCCCCUUCUUGACAUGACGGACUCAUUAUAAUCUUAUAAAAACAAAUUGAUUCAUUGUCACCAGUAAUUAUACACUAAUAAACAGAUGGUUAUAAACACUAUAUAACAUUUCUGCUAAUAAACACCCUCUAAAUCCUACAUACACACUGUAGCUUUAAUUAAAUAUAUCAUUUGAUUUGUACAUAUUUAUUUAAAAAAUAUAUUUAAAAUAAAUUUUAAAAAUCCUUAAAUUAUGUGAGUCCUUUUGGGUCAAAGGUCAAAUGACCAGGUGGCCUGCAGCAUGUAAAUAUAAAUAAAUACUGCUUUAAUAUAUUUCUUUGACAUAAGAAUGGGACAAAGAGUGGACUGAAGAAUUUAUGUAUUAGAAUUAUGGCUUCUAUUAUCAUUAUUUGUAGAUAUGCUGAAAAAUACAUAUUAGAGGCUACAAGUAAUGCGACCACAUAGUCAAUGCUGUACUUAUUAUUAUUAUUAUUAUUAUUAUUAUUUAAAUCACCAAGUGCCAUUGCAAUCUACAGUAGAAACGGUGUGUACUAACAGGUAAUAUAUUAAAAAAAAAAAAAAAUUCACUCAAACAGGUAAUCUCACUCCAUUAUUGCUUUGCCUGUAUGAACACUGCUGCUUCUGUUAUCUACAA